CGGCGCGUGCUGGCGUCGCGCGCGGACCCCGAGGGCGCGCGGCGCCUCGGCGUGUCGCACGUGCGCGGCGUGCUCCUGAGCGGCCCGCCGGGCUGCGGGAAGACGCUCCUGGCCCGGGAGCUCGCGCGGGAGCUCGGCGCGCGCGCGCCGCAGAUCGUCAACGGCCCGGAGAUCCUCGACAAGUUCGUCGGCGAGGCCGAGCGGAAGGUCCGGGACCUGUUCCAGCCCGCGGAGGACGAGUACCGGCAGGUCGGCGACGCGUCGGCGCUCCACGUGAUCGUCUUCGACGAGAUGGACGCCAUCGCGCGGCGCCGCGGGUCGCUGACGGGCGACACGACGGGCGUCCGCGACGGCGUCGUGAAUCAGCUCCUCGCGAAGCUCGACGGCGUCGUCGCGGCGCCGAACGUGCUCGUCGUCGGCUGCACGAACCGGCCGGAGCUCAUCGACGAGGCGCUGCUGCGGCCCGGGCGCCUGGAGAUC